CCAAUCGUUACCGUAGACGGAAAAGAUGGAAAAGUGGGCGUAACUUGGAGUAGCGGAAUAGAAAGCAAAUAUCAUACUAUUUGGCUACGAGAUCAUUGCAGAUGUGCCGAAUGCUAUCAUCCUCAAACGAAACAACGUCAAUUUGCUACAUCUUCCAUUCCGUUGGAUAUUCACCCACACUCUGUAGAGGCAACAACAGAAGGCUUGCUAGUUCAUUGGCCCAGAUUGUCUUCUUCCGAAUCUGGCUCUAGUCUUCCAGCUUCAUCUCAAGAUGUUGCCGUUGUGGAGGGGGAGGGUGAAUCAAUUCACAAUCUCCAUGCAUCACUUUAUCCUUGGUCAUGGCUUUAUGCUAAUUCGUAUUCACCUUCUCUUUCACUUGGAGGAUCGCAUACCGAUCACAGUGCCGAAAAUGCGAUCAUGUGGGGAAGUGGAAUAGCACAACAGCCACCAACAGUUGCAUGGGAAGAAGUUAUGGAUACAACUUCAGAACGUGGCGUAGCAAAAUGGGUCAACAAGAUUGCACAAUUUGGCUUUUGUUUCGUGUCUGGCGUUCCUGCUACACCAGAAGAUACCGAAAAGCUGAUAAAAAGGAUCGCAUUCAUUCGUGAGACUCAUUAUGGUGGCUUUUGGGAUUUCACUUCGGAUCUAUCGCAUGGGGAUACAGCAUACACCAACUUGGCAUUAGGUGCACAUACCGAUACCACGUACUUUACUGAUCCUGCUGGAUUGCAGAUGUUUCAUCUUUUGAGUCAUACCGAAGCAACAAAAGACGGCUCGCCAGCAAGAGGAGGAGAAUCGCUUUUAGUUGAUGGCUUCUUUGCAGCAAAGAUCUUGCGAGAGGUAUAUCCAGAAGCAUAUAGGGUACUGUCAACCACGAGAGUUUCAACGCAUAGUGCAGGAGAUGAUUCCACGCUGAUUAGGCCGCUACAGAGCGGAGGUUAUCCCAUCUUGGAGCAUGAUCGAAGGACUGGAGAAUUGAUUCGAGUUCGAUAUAACAAUGAUGACAGAAGCGUCUUGAGAAUGCGGGAUGAAGAAGUGAUUCCAUUCUACGACGCUUUGGGCAAAUGGCACGAAAUUCUCACAAACAAAGACAGCGAAUAUUGGUCACAACUUCAGCCUGGUCAGGCGCUCAUCUUUGACAAUAAUCGAGUGUUACAUGGACGAUCUGCUUUUACGGGAAAUAGACGAUUAUGCGGUGCUUAUAUCAAUCAUGACGAUUUCCGAAGUCGAUUGGCUGUGUUGCGAAAACAGUUCCCGGAU